GAGAUACGCAGGGCACUUUAGCGACGAAAAGAGAGACUUGCGGUAAAGCGUACGAAUUAUGACACCCUUCAAUUCCUGUGCCGCUAUUUAGUGACCCGUAAAGCUGGGGCUCCGGGAGAAGUCGGGGCCGUCGAAGUAGAGUACUAUACUAGCCAGUUAAUUUUUCCUCAUAAUAUUAUUCUAGGGGCUAGUCCCUACUUCAAACAACGCACUAUAGCGUGCGAACGUAGUACUAAUACUUGCGUGACUCUAAUGCGGGCGAGUAACAAGGCGCUAGCUGAUUACGGCUGUCACAGGUGCAUCAAUUUGCCGUUGCCGUGUAGCGAUGAGGUUUUCUCUGGGCCAUUGCCUAGCUAUUUCAUAUUCGUCACCAUGUGUCAAUGAAUGAGUGAAUGAAUGAAUAAGUUUGGCUACUAGAAGAAUCUAUGGUCUUCAUUAUAUUACCACAAUAAAAAGACCAGCAGUAAUAAGUCGUAAACGACCUCAGUAGUCUAAGUCGUUGUUAGUUAUGGCCAGUAGCAAUAAGUCGUUUACGAUGCAUGUGUCCUUUGCGCGGUGUUUGAUACAUUCAACCUUAUCUAAAGGACACAAAGGGCGAAGAAUGGAUUGGCACAUGCUGGACAGAUCAAAGCGAACG